ACAAUUAGGGUUUGCGAUGUUUGGGGAGAUGGAUGCGGUUGCGGAGCUCAAAUUUUCGAUCGGUUCUUGGGAUAGAGACGCGUUGAUGGAUGACUUGUUUCGCCUGUCUUCAUCCAAGCCGCGAGUUCCAAACAAGAGCAGAAAGAGAGGAUUGUUGAGCAAAUCUGCCGCAAGAUUGGUGCUCCAGAAAUCGGUGGCUUGUCGAUCGUCGGCCUUGAGACAGGGGAAGUUUGCUCUAGCUCGGAGUGGAAAUGGAGAUGGCCAGAAAUUCCCUGCUGCCAAAGCGGCCGAAGUGAAAGCUCGAGCUCAAGCUGUUACUCUUGUUGGUAAAAAGCAAAAGCUCCAUGAUUCCAAGCCGAGUGCCUCCAAGCUGAAGAUGAUGCUGCUUAAGAAGCUCCACGCCAAAUAAGAUUGUCCAUAUCAAUAUAUUUUCAAAGAUAUUGAAUAUUCUCGCAUUUUUUC